AUGGCUCCCCGGAUAGAAUUCAACGUCGAGCAGAUUCGCAACAAGGCGAGAAAGGAUCUGUUGUAUCUCCUCGAAGGCGUUCGCGGGAAGAAGAAUGUCGUUCUAGACCAAAGUCUCGUCGGACCAAUCGGGACUAUAGUCAAAGUUGCCGUCCUUCAAGAAUAUGGAGUAGAUAAGUUCUUCAUUCUAGAGAAUGACAAUGCCGAUACCAGCCAGCGCAAUGUUGUCUUUAUUUCUCGUGGCGAAUGCGGCCGCCAUGCUGAAGCUAUAGCUGCUCAAAUUAAGCGUAUUCAGCGCGAAAGCCAAACCGGGCACGACUUUCACAUAUUCUGGGUCCCUCGCAGAACCCUCGUCUCCGACAAGCUUCUAGAAGAGGCCGGUGUAUUAGGCGAUGUCAACAUUGCGGAAUUGCCGCUAUCAUUCUUCCCUCUGGAGAAGGAUGUUCUGUCACUCGAGCUCGACGACUCAUUCCGCAACCUGUACCUAUCCAAAGACGUUACACCCAACUUCCUUAUGGCCAAAGCCCUUAUGGAGAUUCAAAGAAACCAUGGCCUAUUCCCGCGAGUGAUAGGGAAGGGUGAUAACGCAAAGCGCGUUGCUGACUUGCUUUCUCGCAUGCGCCAGGAGCUUCUUGCUGGUGAAGAUACGUCAGAAGCCAACAAGAUUGGGUUGACGCCUAGCACAACCAAUGAGAGCGUAAUUAUCAUCGAUCGCGAAGUUGACUUUGUUACACCCUUGCUCACUCAACUGACAUACGAGGGACUCAUUGAUGAAGUCUUCGAGAUCCACAACAAUCAGACCAAAGUCGACACAACAGUUGUCGGUGCACCGGCACAGGCCUCGGCUGCAACUUCACAAAGCCGGAAACGAACGAUCCAGUUGGACUCGAGCGACAAGCUUUAUGAACAAUUACGUGACGCCAACUUUGCGAUCGUUGGAAGCCUCCUCAACAAAGUUGCGAGGCGGCUGCAGAAGGUGCAAAGCGAUUACGAAAGUAAACACAAAACAAAGACUAUUGCGGAACUCAAAGACUUUGUCAGUCAAUUGCCAGGAUACCAACAAGAACAGCAGAGUGCGAGAAUACACACAGGCCUCGCGGAGGAGAUCAUUAAACAUACCCGGACAGACCAGUUCAAGGGUCUUUUGGAGGUUCAGCAAAAUCUCGCUGCUGGGGCUGAUCCGUCAAGCCAGUUCGAUGGCAUCGAAGAAUUAAUAGCGCGAGACGCUCCUAUUGCGCAAACUCUAAGAUUACUGUGUAUCUACUCGUGCAUAUCUGGGGGCAUAAGACCUAAGGAAUUUGAUCAAUUCAGGCGACUCAUUCUGGAAGGCUACGGCUACCAGCAUCUCCUCACGCUUAGCAACCUAGAGAAACUACAACUCUUUCUGUCCAAGUCGUCACCUCUGGCUGGAAUGAUCCCCAUCCCAGGCAACAACGCCGGCCCAACGGGAAGCAAGACGAAUUAUACGUAUCUUCGCAAGCAGCUUCGGCUCAUCGUUGAUGAGGUUCAAGAGGACGAUCCAAACGAUAUAUCCUAUGUGUACAGUGGCUAUGCUCCUCUUUCGAUUCGCCUCGUUCAAUGCAUUCUGCAGAAGCAAUAUCUGCUUUCGGUGACUAAGGGAAACAGCGCCAACGCAGCGGGAGCGCCCCCAGGCGUCGGCACGCAAGGAUGGCAAGGGUUCGAUGAAGCUGUCAAACACGUUCGUGGGCAGACGUUUUAUGAGCACCAGAAGGGUGAGGAUAAGGCUGUCAAAGCGCGGGCAUUGCUCUCUGGAAGUGGCAACAAGCAGACUGUCUUUGUUGUGUUCGUCGGCGGCAUCACUUUCACCGAGAUUGCUGCUUUAAGGUUUAUUGCAAAGCAGGAAGAAGAAAUUGUCCAAAGAGUCGAUAUCGAGAAAAAGCAUGUUGCUGUAACGAGUCUAUCCACUCAAAUCUUCUCACUGCCUACCUACCUUAGUACCAUACUCAUUAAUCCUCGACAUCGAACGAGUUUGAAAGACAGUAGCGGCCGCAAUUUCAGACAGACCAAAUACCCGAGGAAAACCUUCGAAACCAACGCCGCUAUGGGGUCAGACUUUGGGCAGAGCUUCCGUAAGGGGAUUGGCAUUAGGAAGAGGGACUUAGACGAUAAGGACGCCAUUGAUUCGCUGACUCCGUCCGACACUAUUGUUAUGUCGAAUCCCCCAGGUCGUAUAUCACCUCCAAUCACUCCUGAUGUAGUUUCGGUGCCUCAGUCGCGACAAACUUCGACAGAAAUAGCCUCUGAAAUUGCGCCAGAGAUUGUCGUGUGGACUGAGGAUAUGGAUAUCGACAACGCUAGUCACGUUGAGUCUGACGAUGAAUUGUCAAGCAUCAAAAGUUAUGCCGAAGCCUUUCAAACCCAACAGUUUCUAACUGUGCGCAGGGAGGAGCCUCCUCAAAACGACGAUGACCCAACGCCAUUUCGGGUAUCUACUAUAGAGGACGCCAUAGGCUCUCUUCCCUCGAAUCUCACAGAGCUAUCAGACCUCUCAUCGAUACCUUCGACGGUGUCGAGUAAGGCUACUACCCCUACGCCAGUCGAUACUGAUGGUGCACAAGAAGAAGACCAAGACCAAGACCUUUCAAUCGACGAGCAGCCACAGUCCCAUCAACAAUCGCCUUCUCAUGAUGCCGAACGCUAUAACUUCAACAUCAGACCGAAGGCUUCGGUACCAACUGAUAUGUCAGCAUACCAAUAUGCGUCAGAAUGUGUUUUGGCCGCCGAGUCAAGCCGGCUCAACCCAUACGCUUUACAUCCGGAGGAAUAUCACCUCCUCCGUCAUCACAUAUCUUAUACGCAAGUUACAACAUAUCUCAAUAUUAGAAAUGGUAUCAUACGGUUAUGGUUCCAACACCCUUGGAUCGGUGUGACCCGGCUGGAAGCGGUUGGGUGUGCCAACGCUCGCUGGUUCGAUGCAGCGAGUGUUUGCUAUGAUUGGCUUGUUCGUCGAGGCUAUAUCAACUACGGAUGUGUGCGACUCUCCGAAGCUGAGACAGACGAUACUGUUGCGCCGGUUGUCAAGAGACAAAAGACAAUCGCUGUCAUAGGUGCUGGUAUCUCCGGACUGGGCUGCGCUAGACAGCUUGAGGGGUUGUUCAGGCAAUUUGCUGAUCGCUUCCAUGAACGAGGCGAGCCUGCGCCUCGAGUGGUUGUGCUGGAAGGACGAGCCCGCGUUGGAGGAAGAGUAUACUCUCGCGAGUUCCAGACCAAACCAAAAGAAAAAUCACCAGCUUUUGAAGGCAAGCGACACACUGCGGAAAUGGGCGGUAUGAUCAUCACUGGGUUCGACCGGGGAAACCCUAUCAACAUCCUGCUUCGUGGACAAUUGGGACUUCCUUAUCAUGCACUGACAGCCGAUACUACAAUCUACGACAACAGUGGAAGAGCAGUUGACCCUGUGCGCGAUCAGCUCGUUGAAAAACUUUACAAUGACUGUUUAGACCGAGUCAGUGAAUACAAGCAUAAGAAUCAACUUGCAAAGCUUAUUGAAGGUAGACGAGACCUCAUCGAAGAGGGGCGUGAUAGUCCUGGAGAUGGUAGCAAGACAAUGUUUCAGGAAGAAGAGGCUGCUGCUGCACAGCAAGAUGCACCAUCAGUGGCACAACAGAACAUCCCAGCAAAGGUCAACCUGAUACCAAUAUCGUCAGACAAGCUCACGGGUCGGGUUCAUAUGGAGCCUGGCACUCCCGCGACUACUAAAGCCUCCGACAAAGCAAAAUUGAUGGGCUGGACAAUACGAGACUCAGCCGACGGAGAGAACAUCGAUUUAACAUCGGCAGUGAAUGAAGAGGGGGCAACCUUGGGAUCUGUUCUUGAUAACGCCAUUUCCCAGUACAAACAAAUCAUUGGGCUGAAUGCCCAGGAUCACCGACUGAUCAACUGGCACAUUGCCAAUUUGGAGUACAGUAACGCUACAAGCUUGCACAACCUGAGCCUCCCAUUGUGGGACAUUGAUGCAGGCAAUGAAUGGGAGGGAAGCCAUACAAUGGUCGUGGGCGGUUACCAAAGUGUGGCUCGUGGCUUGGUUCACUGCCCGAGCUCACUUGACCUCAAGACUAAAUUCCCGGUCAAGAGCAUAUCCUACCAUACUGGAGAGGGCAUGGCGUCAGCUGCGAUUGAAUGCGAAGACGGCUCAGUAGUGGAUGCUGAUGCCGUGGUUUGCACUAUUCCGCUCGGUGUUUUAAAACAGAACAAUAUCGUCUUCAACCCACCUCUUCCAUCAUGGAAGACUGAUGUCGUUGAGCGACUUGGAUUCGGCAUUCUGAACAAGGUUGUUCUAGUGUACGAUAAGAUUUUCUGGGACCAUGACAGACAUAUCUUCGGCAUCUUGAGGGAGUCUUCAAACCGGCUUAGUACCUCACAAAAAGACUAUGCCGCGAAUCGUGGUCGCUUCUUUCAAUGGUUCAACGUAUCCAACACAACAGGUCUUCCAUGUCUCAUUGCUUUGAUGGCAGGUGAGGCUGGUUUUGAGACAGAACAUUCAAGCAACGACAGCCUUGUGGCUGAAGCAACGGAAGUACUACGCAGCGUCUUUGGCCAGGAUGUUCCCUAUCCUGUAGAGGCCAUGGUCACCCGCUGGGGUUCAGAUCGAUUCGCCCGAGGUAGUUAUUCUUCUGCUGCUCCUGGGAUGCAGCCGGAAGACUACGAUGUCAUGGCCAGACCUGUCGGAAACCUUUUCUUUGCUGGUGAACACACCAUUGGUACGCACCCAGCCACGGUUCAUGGGGCGUAUCUGUCUGGUCUAAGGGCAGCUUCUGAAGUGUUGGAGACCUUGAUCGGCCCCAUUGAGGUCCCGACACCGUUGAUCCUGCCUCGAGAUUCUGUGCUACUGCGCAAGCGUAAGGAGCCUGCCCAAGAUCAGCAACCAGCACGACUCCAGGCCUAUGAAAACGAGAUUCAGACCUAUAUACAAUCGAAACUCGGGGACCGACCCUCUCGUCCGGCUAAAGUUGCGGGUAAUGCGUAUAUACUUUAUAGCAAAGAUCUAUUCGACGUUGCGAGGAAGAAGUGUGAGGAGAAUCGGAAACCAGGCAAAGGUGGGCGUGCUGUCCCCAACGAAGUCCGGAUCAUGACUAGUAAGAUGUGGAAGGACGCUUCGUCUGAGGAACGCAAGCCAUAUGAAGACCAGGCAACGGAGCAAAAGCGCGGGUACGCUGAAGCUGUUCAGGCAUGGACCCGGGCCACCGAACGAUGGGAUCAGGAGGCCGCUGCGCUGCGAACAGCUUACGAGAAAGAGAAUCCCUUUGGUACCGCCAAGAUAGCAGAGGUUCCUCACGAGAGUUCCAGCAAACAUCGCAGGACGAGACACAUAAGUUAUGCGGAGGACAGUGACAUUGGGUUCUGAGAUUUGUUUCGACGCAUUCCAUACCCUCUCGAUUGGGUGUUGAUGGCGUUUCUGGUUUCUGUGACUACACUUAAGAGAUUGCUUCGUUUUGGUUGUUGAUCGUUCUCAAAAUAUAAUGGUAUCGGUGUUCGGCGUUUUCAGAUGAGGGUGGUUGACUUAUAACUUAUACUUAAAUUUAUCUAAGUUUUUUACCAUCGAAAU